AUUUUCUCUCCGCAGUUUGAUGCUCUUGUGUGGAGAUCCAGCGAUGAGGAAGAACAAAAGUUGUCUGGUUCUUCACAAUCACGCCUGACAUGUUUGGGCCCUAGCUCAUCUAUGGACACUGAGUCUUCUAGAAAUGGUGAAACCUUUGCAAGUAAGGUGCAAUCAGAGCCCAUUGCAGGUAUUGAUGGUAACGGUCCAAGCAGUCCCAAACAAGAUUUGAAACGAAAACAUGAUCUACCUGUUGAAGAGGAGAAUGGGCAUCUAGUUGGCUCAGACAAACGCUGCAAGCAGAUUACAGUAUCGGAUGUGCUCUGUGCAGAAUGCAAGCAAUUGCUUUUUCAUCCUGUUGCUCUGAAUUGCGGCCAUGUCUAUUGCGAAUCUUGCAUUGUGAAUCCAGUUGAUGAAAUGAUCAAAUGUCAAGUUUGUCAAAGCCGACAUCCUGGGGGAUUAUCAGAAGUUUGUUUGGAGCUGGAUCACUUUUUGGAGCAACAGUUUCCUGAAGAAUAUGCUUUGAGGAGAUUAGCUGCACGGCCUAGACUGACUAUCUCAGAGAUUGAUAGCCCAAGAUCUCGUAAUAACAGAGGUGAUAAACAACAGAAAAAUUCAUCAUUGAAAAAUGAUGCUGCGAUGAUCCAUGUGGGAGCUGGCUGCGAUUACUGUGGGAUGCAUCCAAUAAUCGGGGAUAGAUACCAGUGUCAGGAUUGUGUCGAGAAGAUUGGCUUUGAUCUCUGUGGAGAUUGCUACAAUUCCCAUUGCAAACUCCCCGGCCGGUUCAACCAACAACAUCGACCGGAGCACAAGUUCAGACUCAAAAAGCCGAGAACCUUGCGAAACUAUAUGUUGAGGUUGGUAACAGGGCGGCUGCUGGACAAUGGCUCUGCUGCUCUCGUCCUCUCUAAUGACGGUUCGGAAGAUGGAGCCGCAUUGACCACUCCCGCUUCCCCGAGUGAUGUUUGGGAAGAUGCCGAGAACAGUCUGGCAAUAUCCUUUGUAAUUGAAGAUGGCGGCGCAGGAGAGGGAAGCAGAGAAGCUGAGAGCGCAAAUUUAAAGGUGCCUGUCUUUGCAUUUCGAAAAGCGUACGGACAAUGAUAGUCAACUUCAUUUCAUUCUUCCGGGGGCUAAA